AACGCAUAAAUAGGGGAUAAGCCCUCUCACGUUUUAGUAAAAUUUGACAACAGACAGUUAAACAAACUGACGUAAACAUAUAUAGCUGUAUGCCUAGAACAACAAUAAUGGACCCUCUUGCUGUUGGAGGGGUAAUCGGAGAUGUUGUUGAUCCUUUUGUAAGUUGUGUUUCUCUGAGGAUUGUAUAUCACAAUAACUCAGAAGUUGUUAAUAGUUUGGAGUUGAAGCCAUCCCAAAUUAUCAAUCAACCAAGAGUUGACGUUGGUGGUGAUGAUUUUAGAACUUUUUACACUCUGAUAAUGGUGGACCCUGAUGCACCUAGUCCUACUAAUCCAAAUAUGAGAGAGUAUUUACACUGGUUGGUAAUGAAUAUUCCAGGGACGACAGGAACGAGCUUCGGACAAGAGAUAGUUGGAUACGAAAGCCCAAGACCAAUAGCAGGAAUACAUAGGAUGGUGUUUGUGUUGUACAAACAAAUGAGGAGGCAAGAAGUGAUACACCCUCCAAGAUGGCGUAACAACUUCAACACUCGUGACUUCGCACAAGUCUACAAUCUUGGAACUCCUGUUGCUGCUCUCUACUUCAAUUGCCAGCGGGAGAGCGGUUGGGGUGGAAGGAGAAUCAUCAUUUAGCUUUAUCCUUCCUUCAACCCAAAAAUGGGCUUAGGCCCACCCUUAAUUUACCAAAAUGGGCUUUUUUAAUUCAUAAGUGUUAAAACACUACUCAUUUAAAACCUAAACCCAUCACCAAAAUUUGACCUCUAUCCUUCAACAAAAAUAAAAAAACUACUAUUAUUUUCUCUACCGUUGUUAUGACCCAAAACUAUAUAAUAAUAAUACUCAAAAGGGUCUGAAAGUUGUACUAGUUAUUGAAUUAAACAAGGCACUGAUGAAGCCCUUGAUCAAUGGCAGCAGCACCUGCCUCACUAGGAGCUGUACCUAGGUUCAAAUUCUCGAUGAGAAAUAUAAAACCCAUAUUAGUAGUAAUAGUGUAUGUGAACGAAUGUGUGUUGUGUAAUGUAUAAGAACCAAAAAAUAAAAAACAAGGCAGUGAUGAUUUGUGUCAAAUAUAAGUUUGAGCUGUAUCUUAUAUUUUUUUAAGGUUAAUAUUAGAAUUUACUUUCUAAAUAACGAAUUGAAGGAUGACUCUU